CCCGAUAUAAGUCCUGGCUGUGCUGGUGGGUCUCUACACCAGCUGUGUGUCCCCCAGACAUGUUCUCUGCUCCAGCCUCCAGGGCCCAGGACCAGCCUCAAGGUACUGUAUGGCUCUGCCUCCUGCUCCUGCUGCCCAUCUGUGUCUCUGCCACCAUUGCCAGCCCUGGCACUAAUCCUGGCAUCAAGGCCUGGCUGACCCAGAGGACACUGGAAUUUGGCCGGCGCUUUGGGCUGGAGCUGCUCCAGUCGAUGCUGCAGAAGGAGAAUGAGCUGAACCUGACAGGUUCCUACAACACCCCAGUCCUGGGAACUCUCACCUACGCUGUGCCACGGAUCCACAUCCAUGAACUGCAGAUGAAUGAAUCCACACUGGACUUUGCUGAGGACGUGGGGAUGAGGCUGGUGGUGCAGCACGCCCAAAUCCAGCUCAGCGCCGACUGGGCAGCCCAGCUGGGCGCCGUCCAGGACAGCGGCUCUGUGGAGCUCCGCAUGCAGGACCUGGCCGUGGCAGCGGUGUUGGGGGUGAGUGAGGAUGGCAGUGGCCGCCCCACGGUUUGGAGUGCCGGCUGUGACAGCCACAGCACUGACCUGCACAUGGAGUUUCACCGUGGAUACAGCUGGCUCUACAACCUCCUGGCACCUCUGCUCCAGAGAACCCUGCGGCAGCAGCUGAACAAGCAGCUCUGCCUCGUGCUCCACAGGGGCGUUGACAGGCUAGACACUGCCCUGAAGAACAUGAAAGUGUCCACCCAGCUGGACACCUUUGCUGCCCUCGACCUCUCCCUGCUGGGACCGCCGGCCUUCACAGACGAGUAUGGGGACAUUGCCCUCAAGGGAGAGAUCUUCAGGGUGGGCACGUACCAGCAGAGACCCUCAACACUGCCUGUAGUGCUGCCUGUGGCAUUACCCAUGGCACUGCCCGUGGCUUUGCCCACGCCCCUGCCCAAGACACCGCCCAUGGCACACGAGUCCAUGCUGCUGCUGGCUGUCACCGAGUUUGUCGCCAACUCAGCUGCCUUCACAUACUUCACAGCUGGGGCCCUGCGCAAGAACAUCUCCAGUGACAUGCUCCCUCGGCGGUUCCCGCUCCAGCUGAGCACCAAGAGCAUGGAGGUCUUCUCCCCUCAGCUGCAGGAGCGCUAUCCAAACCAGCCCAUGGAGCUGCACCUCUGGGCCCGCCAGCAGCCCCUGCUCUCCUGCCAUCCUGAUGCCUUGCACGGGACCCUCUUCAGCUCUGCCGAGGCCUUUGUGGUGCUGCCCAAUGCCACCCGUGUCCCUGCCUUUCUGCUGAACAUCGAUGCCAACGUGACGGGGAAGCCGACAAUCACCAGGAACAGACUCGGGGGCACUGUGAGACUGACAGGGCUCCAUGUAACACAAGUGGCAUCAAACGUGGGCCCAGUGGAGGUGAAGCGUUUGGAGACCUUGCUGAAAUUUGGCUUGUGGCUUUUUGGGGUUCCCCGGGCAAACAAGUGGCUCCAGGCUGGCAUCCCCCUGCCCCUCCCACAUGGCCUCAGACUGCUCAGACCCCGGCUCUCGUUGCAGCAGGGCUUCGUGCUCAUCGCCACGGACCUGCAGUACGAGCCGUGAGACCACCUGCCUCGUGGGAACCCGAGUUCACGGGGGUCACGCCACUCGCGUCCCCAUCACCGUCCCGUUACCAUCGUGGUCCCUUAGCUGGCAAAGCGCCCAACCGCGGGACCCGCAGACCCCCCAUCCUGGGCAGGGAUUAAAGCGGGAGCGCAGCUCAGCCCUGUGUGCUGGGGGGUAUCUCGGGGAGCCCCCUCAGCCGCGUCUCCCACGCAGGGUCCCACUCCCGACACCACGACGGGACAUCGCCGUGUCCUCUGCUGCAAGGGACUCUGGCUGUGCCGUGGUGGGUCCGUCCCCUGUGGGGGGCUCCGGGCUGCUGGGGUCGGCGCUAGUGGCCCUCGGGGACCGGGGUUCCCCCAAUCCUCGCGGCUGUGUUGGUCGUGGGUCCCUGUGCUCCCGCUCCCCGCAGCGGCAGCAGCUCCGCGGCAGCUUCUCCCGCUGCCCACGGGAUGGUGCUCGUGUCCGCGGGCUCCCGCCGCGUCCCGCCGGCCCACGGAGCCCCGCCAGCCCACGGAGCCCCGCCAGCCCACGGAGCCCCGCCAGCCCACGGAGCCCGGCCGCUGCCCCCCGGCUCCGGGGGUCCCCCGGAAAGAACAGGGAUGGGGGGUCUGGGGAAGGCUGAGCUGGGCGCGUCCUGCCGUGGGAGGGAUGUGGGGUGGCUCGGUGUUCCCCAUGUUUGUAAUAUCCCAAAGAAGCCCUAGUUGUUUGUGUGGUCCAAACCAUGCUGGGAUGGGCCCCGCACAAAGGGGAUGUGCUCUUUUGAAGUGUAGCCCCGGGAAUGCAGGGGGCUGUGGGUUUCAGUGAGGCUGUGAGUCCCCUACCCUCCUCCUCCCAAUGUGAUUAUGGGUGCUGAGCCCUUGUCCCCAAAACCAGCACCCCCAGCCCUGAGCUCUUCUGUCCCCAUCACCCUUUAGUGCCACCCCACCCCACCACCAUCCCUCUGGACCACAGCAAACUGCCCUUGCAGCACCACAACCCUUCCCUGGGCAAGGAGAGAACCUCAUCCAUCCAUCCAUCCAUCCAUCCAUCCAUCCAUCCCUCCAUCCCACUGAUGGAAGCCAACUCCUUUGGGUCCAAAGUUGCUCAAAUUCCCAAUGAUUGCAAAGACCACAGCACCACCAGCAGCUUGAAUGACAAAUUUAUUUGUGGAUUCACCUCCACCUGCAAACCGAAGCGUUCAAUGGGCUAAUGCUAAUCCUCGUGCUCCCCAUGCAGGAUCUGAGUGGGUCCGACAUGAGGAGCGCGAGUCCGUGCUCAGUGGCCAAGUGAGCCCCCCUGGAGCCUCCAGUUCUCCCCCCACCUCCAUCCCAGCUUGGCCUCUGCAGGGAGCACGGUCCCACACAUAAAUACGGACAGACAAGAUAACAAAAAUAGCAUUAAUAGUAUUCACAAAUGAAUUAAAAACUACUCGUAUAUGUACAGCAGAGCGCGGGCAGUAUGUACACGGACAAGCUGUGGACAGCUGUGUCUGCCCGCGGUGGGCUCCGAAGGAUGAGGGCAUUUAUUCUGGAAGCUAAUUUCAGCUCAAAGGCUGGAGGUUCCCUGCUCCAGCAGCAAAAGGAGCAGCAUGGGAAUAAGGGAGAGGGAAGCCAGACACCUCAGUCACUGCAUGCAGCCGUCACAGCCACGCAUGGGGACAGGGAUCUGCCUGCACUAUGGGACUGGGAACGUGUGGGACAGCAGUGGAGAGGCCAACAGCUCCUAUUGUCCCCAAAGAGGCUCCCCAGAGGUGGAGAUGGCUCUCAGCCAGUGCCAGCCCUCACUCCCAUCUCCCCUGGCUUGCUUACUCGCUCAUCCCAUGAAUCAGCUGCUCCCUGGGCUUUGCCACCCCUGUGAAGUGCUUCCCCUGACCCUCCCAAUCCCCAGCUCUGCAUUCCUGGACACCACAGCCCCAGCUCUCUGCAAAGCCCCUUGUGCCAGGGACAAGCACUCUCCCCCUCUCCUGCCUCCUUUCUUUGCCAGCCCAGAGGAGCAGGCUGGGAAGGGAUGAGCACUGUCCCGCAGCCAUCUACAUUUGGAGUGAGG